CCCCAGCCCGGAGUAAACACCUACUCAGCCAGCUAGCUCACUGUUAAACUCUCAGCCACGCGUUAUUGGGAUAGCCAGCUCCGAUGGAUACAGAGGCGGAAGAAAACAUUGAUUUCAAAGCACUUCGGGAAAAAUUUCAAAAGUCUGAUAUAAUAAAGAUCAAGCCCAGUGGUAAACCACCUUUAAAAGCUCCUGAAACACCUGGAGUGGCUCGUACUAAAACAGCACUGAACGUAACCAACAUUAACAUUUUUGAGACAGUUCCUCUUCACAAUGCUGCUGUUCAACAAACUAAUGCACAAUCUCUACAUCCUCCUGUUCCUCUGAUAAAGCCAGCAGUAGUUCCUAAGCCUGUACUUUUGAAAUUACCUGACUGGACAGCCCCCAAUGAUCCAGAUGAAAGUGGAAGAAAACCUGAAGAUCUCACUAGCUAUAAAGGUGUGUCAUUGAGGGUUAGUUCUGACAGUCUUCAAAAACUUGAAAAUAAAACCUCAGAAUCCAGACCUUCAAAAGAUAACGUCAUAAGUGACCAACUGAAUGCAAUCUCAUUUAAAGAAAAAUUAAAUAUUUGGGAGAAUACUUUGCAUUGCAUUAGUGCACCAGCUGAAAAGAUAAUAUGUGGUACGCUUCCUCCUUCACUGUCAAAUUCAAGAGCAAAUUCUUAUUUUCCUCCUAAGACAACAUGUCAUGCUGACCCACAUUUCAGGACAACUUCUCUUUCACAAUAUAGGAAGGAAAAUCUAAGUAUGGAGCCAGAGAUACAGAUAUCUGCUGCAAGAAAAGAAAUUGUCCAGUCUAUGCUCAUCCAAAGUAGUGACAUUUCUCAAUCAAUUGAUAACUGUGGAAUUAUUGUUCCACCUCUUCCACCAAAAACAUAUCUUUCUUGCCCAAAAGUUGAUCAGAAAAGAUUAAAACUAGAUGCCAACCACAGUGCAGGGUCAGAGACUUCUUCAGGGUUGCCAUUGGAAAACUCUCAAGAAUCAAAGUUGCCAAUGGAUCAAGGAGUAGGACACACUCAUGAAAAAGGCUACCAACCUACAGUCCUGCGACGCAGAGAGUUGCCAUCUGUUGAAGUAUUGGGACCUCCUCCAGUGAAACCACCCAGACCAUUCGAUGUAGACUUUGGCAUGUUACAGAGGAUCAAAACAGCCAGUUAUACUCCAACUGAAUUUUCUAAGAAGAAUGGCAUCUCUUCGUCAUCGGUAUCAUACACAGAUGAAUGUACAGUUUUAAGCACUGCAAGCAGUAUACAUGAAGAAACCAAUAAUAAAAAGGAGCAGCAAUGCCAAGAAGCUGAGCUGAAAAAUGUGUUGCAAAUCAGAAAAACAAAAGGGAAACAUCAAGACCAAGUUAAGGAAUGUGAAAAUAAAGAAAUAAGAGAAAAAGAACUACACAGGAAAUUCAAUCUCACGGGCCUGGAGCUUCCAAUAUAUAAAGUUCAAGUGCAGCAGCAUUUAAAGGGAGGAAAACUGGGCCUCACUGUGAAACAAGGUGAAAUAGUGGAAAUUAUCCGUAUGGUUGACUGUCCUACUGGAAAGUGGCUGGCCAGAACUCAUGAUGGGAACUAUGGUUACAUCCAAAUUGAUGCUGUGAAAAUGGAUAAUGCUGAAAUUAAAGAAAUUAGUAAAAGAAUUUUAAAGCAAACAGAAACAUUUGAGGAAAUAUAUGAUGAUGUUGGUCUUCCUGAAAUAACACCUGAACUAUGUUUCGCAUCCCCACUUCAAAGUGUUGGCUCUGGGAAAUCCUGUGAAGCAACAGAUGCCAAAAAAGAAUCCGAGAAAAGAAACAGUGGAAAUAAGAUGAACCCCCUAACAAAAAUCUUACAGAAAGGAAAAGAAAAGAAAAAGGGCCAUGAAAGUUCCUUGUAUACCCUGCAACCUGAAUUUGGAUUUGUAUCCCACGGUAAUGAUAACUCAAGCAAUUUGUCAGCAAGUCAAAAAUUGAGCGGUUCACAGAACUGUUUUGUGGAUGAGGACCAGUUAGAUGAACAAGUGUAUGAUGAUGCAGAGACCUGUCACUCAGAAUCUCUUCGAAAAGACCGAAUUAAGGAAUUGGGGAAACUGUUCAAGAAGGAGACUGGUGAUGGAGAACGGUGGAAGAAGGUAAAAACGAGAAAAAAUAAAGCACAAGAUCGUCUCAGUACCAGUUCAAGGUCACAGUCUGUUUCAUCUAUAACUAACUCGGAAAGUGGUGCAAGCAGUGUGUAUGAAGAUGUUAACAGUAUAAAGGAAUAUGGUGAUUUUGAAGGUGGAGCUUCAAAAUCAGACCCAAAUAAAACCAGUUGGGCAAAUAUCUUCAGGAAGCGUGAAGAAAAUGUAAGGACGACUGGAGAAAUGAACACACAGGUACAAGAAGCUGAAAGACUGGAUGGCAAUAAUGAGGAUGGCCUCACUGCAGAUUUUAAGGCAACCAGGGAGAAGGUGAAAGGUAUAUUCAAAGGCAAGAGAAAAGAUCAAAAUGAAGAAAAAGAGACAAAAGUGAAUAAAAAGAAAAUACUAAAAGAGCAAGAAUUUAGAGAAAAGUUUAAUUAUACUAAGGAGAUAGUUGUGGAAAACAUUGCAGUUGUAGAGCAGAAUGCCGUAAAGGAGAAAAAAGGAUCCUUGUACUUACCCAUAAAGUCCGGAGAGAAGCUGGAUGUGAUUGAUAUUGGAGAAGGAAACCAAAUUAUCUGUCGAAACUCAGAUGGCAAAUAUGGUUAUGUUCACGUACGGCAUUUAACAUUUGGAAACCAGAAUUAACAGGAAUGCUUUACUUUGGAAGGAAAUGAACACGUCAUUGUUUUGAGAAUUUCUGUAUAUAGUAUAUUUAUAGCUAUCACUUUAAUGCACAGUCAUUUCAGUAGCACAUCAAAAUGCCUGUCUAUUGUAAUAAAAGAUGCGGAAAGGCAAAACACAAUCUUCCUGGAAUACACAUGAUUGUACAAAUUGCUGCAAGAUAUGGCAGAUAGUGUCAUCACAUUGAUAACUUCUGAGCAAAAGGCACAUUAAUGUGUGUUUGAAUCCAAAAAAAACACAUUUGACUGGAGUAUAAUGAAUAAAAUAUAAAACAAA